AUGGUUUCCUCUUUCGCUUCACAGAUUCUCUCCAUAAUGGUCUGCUUCACUGUGCUGCAAGCAGUUCCAAACGAUGGAAAAUAUAAUCCCAAGAAGUACGGCAAAAGUGGAAAAUAUGUACACUCAGGUGAAGGCGACUACGUGGAGGAUGUGAGUAGAUACCGGUACAUCCACUAUGACGACGGUAACCGGGGAAGGUACUUUCACAUACACAUACCGUACGACGGAGGCUACGGAAACUACGAGGGAGGACACGAACCCUACCGCUAUCCUCCGUACGAUCCAACGGGCGAAUAUGCUGAAAUCAUCAGUAAAUAUUCAUCCGACCCGUACCGGGCGAACGCCUACGACAUCAAGAAACCCUCCAUCUACCUCGAGUACGGCGUGCCCACCGUUUCCGAAUCGAACACGGCGUCUAGUGUGGUCGAUGUACGCCAGUCGCUCCUUCCAGGGCCGGGAACGGCCUACCUUCCAGCGAAGGAGCCCGAGCUGGAUGUACGCAAGUCGUUGCUGCCGGGUCCGGGAACCGCCUACCUGCCCGUGUUGACGUCCGAAGAGCAGAAACUGGCGUCGGAGAAGAAAGCAAAGAUUUUGCCACAUCCAAACAGCUUACAGGGAAAGGAGGAUGCUUCUUCAAAGACAGGCAGUGCGGAAGGUGCCAACACUUCUGCCAGCACAGACGACUCACGAGCGACCACUACCGACUCACUUCCAACGGACGCCGGAGAGAACGCUCUUCACAAUCAGCCCUGUUUCGCGGUAAGCGGCACACUUAAACUUUCCAAGACGUAA